AUGGGUAGAGUCAUCAGGAACCAGCGUAAAGGGCGCGGAUCCAUCUUCACCAGUCAUACCAGGUUGAGAAAGGGAGCUGCUAAGUUCCGACAACUCGAUUACUCGGAGCGUCAUGGGUACAUUCGUGGGGUGGUGACUGAAAUCAUUCAUGAUCCUGGUCGAGGUGCACCGCUCGCGCGUGUGCAGUUCCGUUCGCCCUACAAAUAUGGCCUCAAGACCGAAACCUUUAUUGCGAAUGAAGGACUCUUUACUGGCCAGUUUAUCUACGCUGGAAAGAACGCUGCCUUGAGCAUCGGCAACAUCCUCCCUCUGGGCGCUGUGCCCGAAGGUACCGUCGUCUCAAAUGUGGAAGAGAAGACCGGAGACCGAGGCGCGUUGGGACGAACUUCAGGCAACUAUGUGACUGUGAUUGGACACAACCCUGAUGAGGGCAAGACCAGAGUCAAGCUCCCCAGUGGCGCAAAGAAAGUCGUUCUCAGUUCGGCUCGAGGGAUGAUCGGCAUCGUCGCUGGUGGUGGACGUACCGAUAAGCCCAUGCUCAAGGCUUCCCGCGCAAAGCACAAGUUCGCCGUCAAGCGCAACUCCUGGCCCAAGACUCGUGGUGUUGCCAUGAAUCCCGUCGACCAUCCUCACGGUGGUGGUAACCAUCAGCACAUCGGCAAGGCUUCUACCAUUUCAAGAUACGCCGCUCAAGGUCAAAAAGCCGGUCUUAUCGCUGCCCGGAGGACAGGUUUGCUACGUGGUACGCAGAAGACCAAGGAGUAG